CGUUUGAAAUUAAGGUAGUCAAUAUAUUGUAAAACACAGUACAUUAUUCUUAAGUUGACACAAAAGUCAAUUUUCCCUCCAAAAAUUUUAUUUGUUUGUAUGGAAAACACCUAGCAACUUGGUAUAAACAAGUCAAAGCUCUACCGUGAUAUGACUGUUAGUCAUCCGUGACAAUGGAUUGGGAAUAUUUGUUUUCACGCUCUCCUGAAGAUUUUACUGAAGAAGAAAAAGAUGAUUUGUAUAAUACAGUGACGUGGUAUAACUGUGACGGUGAAGAUUUGGAUUUAAAAAAAUGUGUAAGACUCAUUAAAGUGAGUCAGGAAGUUUUAAAAUAUAAAGGGGAACAAGUGGAAAUUUUAUUACAUAAAUUGGACGAAUUGGCUACGCAACAAGGUGAAGAAGAUACCAAGAAAUUGGAAUCGGAUACAGACGCAAGAAGUUCGAAGUCGCGUAAAUCGAGUUCUUUGGAGUUUGAGAGUUUAGAGCAAAAAUAUUUGGAAUUGAAGAGUAAAUACAAGAAACAAGUCCGUUUAAAUGAAAAGAAUUUAACUGAACUUGACAAACUUCAAAAAAAGGUUGCAAAUUUAGAACAAGAAAGGAGUCGUUUGAUCAAUGAAUUACAAGUGAUUAACCAAGAAGACAAUCAAUCGGAUGUAUCUGAGACUAUCAAGGAGCAACACAAGGAGCUUGUCAACACUCUACAUAACAAAAAUAAACAAAUUUCAGAUCUUUUACGAGACAUCGAGAUAGCAGAAAAAGAAAAUGUAGUUUUACGUGAAAAGCUUGAAACUGUCAGAGACGAACUUGCUGCUGCCACAAAGGAAUUAACAAUGUUGACUGAAAAUUUGAAAGCUUCGAAAAUACAACAAAACGAAUUUUCCGACAAUCUAACACGCGUUUUGGCUGAGAACGAAAAUCUGCGCGAUGAAAUUCACGAAAUUUUGGAACAGAAACAGAAUUUUGAACGUGAAAUGGAAGAAUUCACUGAAGAAGUGAAUAUGCGAGUUGACGAAUGGAAGAAAAUAUUAGAAGAAAAAGAAAAAGAAAUUACUGAUCUUCGAUCCCGCCAAAUGCAGUCAAGUCAUCACUCUUCGUUGUCGAGUUUGCCACAAGAUAGCGAAUCGCAGGUCGCACUGUUGAAUAAAAUUUUAAACGAAAGGGAAAAACAGUUGAUGGAAGUAAAGACACAACUGCACGAAGCAGUGAAAGAAAUGGAGGAAACAACCGCAAUCAUUAAAAAUUUGAAGGAAGAAAAGACUGAAGACAGUCGGAAAAUUGACGAAUUGUCGGAAUCUUUGGAAGAAUUGAAGAAGCAAUUAAAAGCGGCUCAUGGACGUGCCCAAGACUUACAAGAUGAGUUGACACAUGUUGAGAAACUAGUGGAACACAAGGAGGAUGAUAUCAAGGACAUUUUGGAAAAACUCAAAGAUAAAGGACAUUCGGAUUUAUCGGAAUAUUUGACACAAAUUCAACACCUUAAGAGUCAAAACAGAGUUAAUGAGAAACAAAUCAUGGAUUUGGUUAAAUCUGCGAAUAAAUUGCAAGACUCGUGUGAUCGUUAUGAGAAAGAAAAUCAAGCUUUGAGGGACAGACUAGGAAUUACGUCCGAUGAGUUUGUAAACACAUCUGCAAUUACAGCUAAGCAAAAACAGCAGAAAAGAGAAAUAUCUUCAUUGAAAAAACAAGUCCAAAAAUUGAAGGAAGAAAAAUUAGAACUUCGAAUGCAAAUUCACAACCAGAAACAUAUGUCAGAACAACCCGACACUAGUAGGUCACAGGACGAAGACAUUUCGACUAAAAAUCAAAUCAAAGCUUUAGUCGAGGAAAACGAGGCACUGAGAAAAGGAAUGCAUGAAAUUUUAGACAGUCUGAAUACAAGAAAAGAGACAAGUUUGAAGGUGGUAAAAUCUGAAACGUUUGAACAACUGCUAAGAGCUUUGGAUGUUAAGCAUAUUUCGGGAUGGUAUCACCCGGCCAUGAGACUACAGGCUGAACUGCAUAAUCAGGAAGGUAUAAACUCGGAACUUAGAGAACAGUUGAGAUUAGCACGAUUAGAAUCACAAUCGGUUAAAAGUUUUUCUGAGAAAAGUGUAGAUCUCGUCGAUUUCAGUCUUUCAAAUGCGAUUGCCACAGCAGAUUUAACUACUAUUACUAAUAUACACAAAACUUUGCAAGAUCUGUUUAUGAAACUUGAAGAAGAUUCGAUGAGGGAUGAUGAAAUUGAAGCAAAACUUUUAUCGUACAGAGAGAGUUUUGAUCAAAUUCGGCAACAAAUCGGUUUGUUGUAUCAAGAAUAUUUAAAUGAGAAACAGAGUGUGACCGAUAAAAUGUCAGAAUAUGAGGAAAAAAUAUGUGAUUUGCAGGAAGCAAAUGAAAUUAAAGAAAAACAAUUAAGUUUGUUGGCUACGGAGUCUUCAGAGGAUCAGAAUAUCUUGUCUAAAUCUCUACUUCUUGCUGAAGAUAAUGUGAUACUUGGUCGGAAGCGGUCUUAUCUUGAAAGUGACAUAAAAAGACUAACAAGUCAGGUCACGAAUUUACAAACCGAUUUAGCAAAUGCAGAAACAGCUUGUUUGAGAAAAAUCAACGAUCUCUCAAAAAGAAACAAAACUUUAACAAACUCAGUCGAGAUUUUAACCAAUCAGUUGAAAUUUGCGGUCGAUCCCAAUGAUCACAACGAAUUACGAACAAACUUCGAAACGUUAACACUAAAAUAUCGCGACUUAUUGACGAAAUACAAUCAAGCUUGUCAAGAUAAAGACUUUCAACUUAAAAUGUUGGAAGAGAUUCGCAAGAAUUUGCAAGUGGAGAAAGCCGAGUUAGAGAGUAAAGUACUGAAUCUGUCUGCGAAGUUACAUGCAAGUCAAACUGUCAAUGAAUGUGAUGAAGGUAUCGAAAGUUUAGCCAAGAAGCUGGCCCAAAGUGAAGCGAACGAAAUUAGUGAAAGGCAAAGAGCUAAUCACACCAACAAUUUAUACGAACUGGUGAAAGAACAGUUACAAAAAUCCGAAGAUCGAUGUAAACAAACCGACAAAUACAACAACGAAAUUUUACAGAAGAAUCUAGUCUUGCAGGAACAGUUGAAAGACGCUGAGAAUAAACUCGUCAAUUUUAUCGAUACGGCGACUUACAAGGCGCUCCAAACGAAAUAUAACGAACUCUUGCAAAUUAACACUAAUUUGACUUCGUCUGCAGCCGAUUUAACGGAAAAGUUGUCACUAUUGAAAAAUUCCAACCGAGAAAUCAGUCACUGGAAUGCAGAAAGAGAACAAGAAUUACUCGACCUCAAGCACCAAAUCGUCGAUUUGCAGGCAAUUUCCGAUGAAAAGAUGCAAAUGGCUCGCUUAGGCGGCGAACUGUCGCAUUCCCGGUUGCAAGAAGCCGAAUACAAGCGUCAAAUCGAGCAAUUAAACGAAGAAUUGCACGAUUGCAAGACGAAAUACGACGAAUUAACUAAAGAAAUGCAGCGGAAAUCUUUGAAUGCCAUUGAGAAAGAAAAUGAGAUGCAGAAGAAAGUCAGCAUACUUCGUGAGCUUUUAAUUAAAUCAAAGCUACAGUAUUUGGGAUGUGUACCCUUACCAUCUGAAGAAAAAUUCAUCAAUAAUAUCAAACAAGCUAUUAGUGAUAAACACGAAGCUUUCUUGAAUUUGUACAACGCUCAAAUAACAGCUAAUGAAAGUUCGAUUCUCAAAGAACAAUGCGAGAAAGAGCUUAAAAAUCUCGAACAAGCUUUAGAAUCAAAUUUCACUAACCUUGAGGCGGUUAAAGAAAUUUUGAGCAGCCACCAGGAUAAAAAAUCGUCAGAGUUUAACGAAAUAAAAUAUAGGCGUCAGUGUGCUUUGAAAGAAACUCAACUUCAACAUAUUUUUGAUCGGGUAAAAAUACAAGAUGAACAAAUAAUUAAACUAGAGGAAGAAUUAUUCACGUUACAUAAAAAUUUCGCGUUUGAUUUAGAAACCGAAAUCACGAUUGAUCACAAGGAAACAACCAAUUACAUGCAGUUGAGUAAAGAGAUCGCAGUUAAGGAUCAGACUAUUGAAGAACUUAAAAACAAAAUAAAUGAAAAUGAAUUGUCUUUAAGUACACUGAAAAAACAACUCGUGGAUAAACAAAGCCAAAUUACGUUUUACGAAAGACAUAUUAUGGAGUUACAGAGUAAAAAAGAAGUGGCGGCAGUACCAACAGUAUCUGAAACAAUUGAUUUAAAUAAAAAUGAAGAAAUUUUGUCUCUUAAGUGUUCGCUCAAAACCUUUCAGGACAGUCUGAAGGAGAAGGAAGAGGACAUUUUGAGAUACCAAUCGUUGUUGAAAGAGGAUCGCGACAAACACAGCAUGGCAGCAUCUCUAAUGAGAGACGAGCUGAAGGUGUUGCAAAAGUGCCUGACUGAGGAGAAACAGAAAGUUGUCGAUUUGUUUAGAUUGAAAUCAGCCGUGAACGGUGCUCAUCCCAGUAAAGCAGCUUUGGAGCAAUAUUUCCUUCAGGUGCAAUCUUUAGAGGACGAAUUGUCGGAUUUACGCACCCAGGUUUCCAGUUUGGAGUCCCAAUUACAGGCUAGCCGACAGGAAGCCGUCAGAUGGCGCGUUCUCGCUAACGAUAGACUAGAAACAAUGCAAAAGCUCGGGAAAGACUUGGAGGAUUUGCAUCGUAAUGAAAUAAUGGCGUACAAAAGCGAAGCGGAAAAGUGGAGGGAGGAAGUCACGACUCUAAAACAAAUGAUCAGCAAGUACAGGAGUGAAACGGGACAUGAUUUCGAUUUUCAGAAGCAGCUUAAAGAAAAAGAUGAUAAAAUACAUGAGCUGAAUGUAAUAUUACGGCACGCCAAAGUAAGCGAGGCGAGGAAAAAUGUUGAGAAAUUUGAUUCAGAGUCGUCUAGCAAAGUCAGCGAACUUGAAUCAACUAAAGAGCAAUUAUUGAAAGAACACGAAGCCAUUAAGAAAAGGUUUGAUCAAUUGUUGGUUCGUGAAAGAACUGCAAGGGAAGAGAUUCGCGAAUUAAAAGGAAAACUUUUAAAAAAACCAAUUUUGUCCGCACGCAGCGACAAAAGCGAAAAGUCGAUUAAAGAGCAACUUCAAAGGAAAGUCACUUCAUUAGAAAACGAAAUUCUCGAAUUAAAGGAUAAAUUAACAACACAAAUCUCUAUUAAUGAGGGUCACCGAGUCAAAAUUGCGCAAAAUUUUGAACGAUGGAAUAAACAAAAACACUUUCAACAACUCUCCGAGAAACUUAAAAACAAAUUGAAGGCGAAAGAGGCAGACUUUGAAAAAUUGCAAGAGACUUGCGCCGGCUACAGAAUUCUGAUCGAGCGUUUGGAAAGAGAAAAAUAUAAUCUCGAGAAUAAAAUAAGAAACAUGAAAACAGGGACCGCUCAACAUAUCAAUCACGAAAUUGAAAUGUUAAAACUUGAAAACAUGAAACUGAUUUCGGAAAAUGAAGCUUUAACUUCGAAACUCGAGAUGCAACAAUACCAUUCGGGCGGUUUAGGCGCAGCAAUGCUACAGGAAAAACUUGAGGGACAGGAGAGGAAAAUUGCGAUUUUGGAAUUAUCUUCAAAAGGCAGUGUGGAAGUUCGCGCAGAAUUAGAACGCCUUCAGAAUACAAUAUCGACCUUACAAAAGAACAAUCUCUGCUUAGAAGCGGAAAAUUUGGAAUUGAAACUAGAUCUUGAAAAGUCCACAAAGGAGUUACCUCAUUUGCGCGAACAAAUUCAGCAUUUAGAAAACUACAUCGAGGUAUUAAAGAAGGAAAACAUGGAAAGUAUCACUUCGGACGUGGCUUUGAAUCCAAAAACCGAUAUUAAAAAAAUAACAGAAUUAGAACGAACAAUAUUCGUUUUGAAAAGAGUGGUGGAAAAGCUUCAAGCAGAAAAUAAGAGGUUGUUGACCGGAAAACGUUUUUACCCUGAUCGUGCAGGUUGUGGUGAUAAGUUGAAAAGAGACCAUCAAAGACUCAAAGAGCAAUAUUGUGAGAGUAUUCAAAAGGUCGCCAAGUUGGAAGAAGAGGUUAAAGCUUUGAAAGCAAACAAACCUGUUAGUGAUAGUGUAACAUUUUUAUCAGAUGAACUCACGCAAGUAAAGUUACAGUUGGAACAGAAGACACAGUUGUUAAACAAAGUUAAAGUUUUAUUACAAAGAGCGGCAGUAAAAGAAAAAGCGUUAUUGCAAGAGUUGGAAGAGUUGAAACUCGAAAUCAGGAAAACAGGGAAUUCUGGAAGCGAACAGCCUUAACUUUAAGAAUCAACAUUUUACAUUUAUUUAAGUUUUAUUACACGACUUUUUACAAAAUAAAUAAAUGCACAAUUA